AUGUCUUGCACAGGCGAAUGCAAAGUACCCAAAAACUUGAAGCUGAAAAAGCCGCUGCAUGCCACUGAUGACGACGACAUCUGGGGUAGCGACGACGACAUCGAUACUUACGCUGAUUUGCAAAGAGCUCAUGUGACCCAAGGUUACAUAGACGGUAUCACUCAGGCACAAGAGGAGGGAUUGCAGAAGGGCUUCGAUGAAGGCUUUCCCACGGCGCUGCGUUGGGGAGCCGAUUUGACCAAGCCAAGAAGGAGCUCAAUGUUGCAUCAGUUCUCAGCAAAGACCACUUUGACGACUCGCUAA